AUGUGGCUAUACCGCACCAUUGAGGGAUCGUACGGUGACGGCAAACUUCACUUUGGCUGCACGGGAAAGCUUUGGACCAGCCUCCAGCAACCUACAAGAGGCGAGGUUGCUGAAGAGUCUGAGAGGCGGUCAUCCCCCGCACCGGCUUCCACUCGUCCCAAGCCAAACCCGCACACCCCGAUCUUCGCCGUCAAUGGUAGAUGGAUCGCCUACUGCCCUCCCCCACCUUCCACGCAGAUCACUCUUCGAGCUCAUGUCCCGGUUCCGGUGCUCGGUAAAGGCCCGACCCUGUCUUCGGUAACGCCUCCAGGACUUCCGGCUGUGACCGCCGCGAUCGACACGGCCAUGUCAGAGGGUGUGAUGAACAAGAUCAUGCGCGAGACCACCCAGGAGCUCAUCUCGGGUGCCAAGUGGGUAGGUCAGCAGGGCAUGCAGGCUUGGAACUCCUACUGGAACAAGAACACGGUACCGCAGCGGCAGCCUCGGUCACCAACGCUGGCUGCCCAGCAGUGGCCUGGUUCAUACCCUCCACGACCGGAUGCAGUCCAGUUUCCUCCGACCCAUGCGACGCCGGGCCAGACGCCAGCCAGCAAGGACCCUGCUCUUGUUUCCAUCGUCGACAUGGGAACCAUGGGGCUCUCUGCGUCCCUGCACCCCGUCACUGCGUUCCCGACGCCGCUCGGCUGCAGCUUCCUGUCCUUCUCGCCUUCCGGGUUGUCCUUGUUCACGGCCAGUAGCAAGGGUGACGUGCAGACCGUAUGGGAUCUCUUUAGCAUCCAGUACACCAAGUCGUCUCCGCUCCAAGUUUCGACGACGGCCAGCGUUGUCGGGCCACGGGUUCGCCAGAUCGCGCACUUUUCGCGCAUGACGGUAGCACGCAUCGUCGACGUGACAUGGUCGCGACCCAAUGGCGAGCGAAUCGCCAUGGUCACGGAGCGCGGCACGGUGCAUCUGCUCGACAUGCCCGAAAGUGCCUAUACCUGGCCGCCGCCCCGGCGUCGGAAGGAGGCAGAACCGAACGGUGCUCCUGCGUCUGAAACGUCCAGCACUGCCGUCUCGAUUGCCUCCAAUGCCUUUGGCGCCGCGUUCGUAGCUGCUCGGCCGCUGAUCAACCGCCCGCGUAGGAGCAGUGCGGUUGCUGCGGGUCAGAACGGGACCAACGGCUCCAACUUUGUCGAUUCUGCCAGUCAAGGCGGCAGAGCAAUCGCUGCCACCAUCAGCCAUUCCUUGGGCAAGACAGGCACGGCAAUCAACCAGCUACGGCACACGGGGGAAAACAGGGUUUCCUUGCCCCCCAGCACCCUGUUGCCCUCGGCAUCGUGCGUCAUGUGGAUGACUGGUAGAAAGUAUCACUCGCUCUACGUCGUGGGCGACGGACUGGUGAGAACCUUCCCCUCCAAGACCCGGCGAGCAUCGAGCGUGGCGGACAAGCAGCGCACCCCCAAGGGCAACCGCUACAAGGAUAUGAAGUUGCCUUCGCUUCCCGAUGGCGACAUGGCGCCAAAAGUGAAGCAAUUCAUCGAAGGCGACGAGGCUCUAGAACUGUCCGAUCAGGAUAUGGACGCAUGCAACACCCUGACCCUCGAACCACGUGCGAGAACGGUACAGGUUGACUUCAGCCCCGAGGCAUCCAUCCCCCAGGCAGAGAUAGAGUCGAGUGCGCCGUACCAGCCUUUCCACACCGACAGGCGUGUCGCGCUGUACGAGUAUGGUCCCGCUGCGGGCGAUGCGGAAGCCUCGGCGUUGACAGCGAUGCUCGGCGACAUCAACCUUGAGGACAAGGCAACCUCGAAGCAACAGAAGAAGAAGCAGCAGCAGCGGAUGCAGGUCCAGGCCGCUGCCUCUGCAGCAGACUUUUCCCAGCCAUGGGCGUUUGGUCAGAAGCUUGAUCUCAUCAGGCUAGACUUGAGCCACGUACAGCUGUCUGACGAGGACUUCAACACCUCAGAUGACCCGCGUGCUCUCCCCCUGACUUCGAUGGAGCGGGUGAUGCAUGUGGGGGAGAAUCGAGACGAGAUUGUGGUGACGACGCGAAGACGCCGCGGCGCACGCCACCCAGAGGACGAGGAUGGAUUCUUUGAGGACGACUGCGAGGUUCUCGAUUUCGCGGACCAGAGAGUCUGA